AUGGAGCCUUUAGUGGAAAAUGAAGAAAAACAUAUCGACCAUGAAAAGCAAAGUCACUACAAGCACAUCCUUUUGAUGAGUGCUUGCUUCUUCUUUUUGUUUUUUGCAUUUAACACAUCCCAGUCUAUGCAGACUUCCCUGAGUGGUGCCUUGGGCUACAUCAAUCUCGGUUGUUUGUAUGGUAUGUUUGCCGGAUUUUCCAUUGUCGGACCUGCGGUUGUGGGCAAGAUUGGACCAAAAACAUCCAUGAUCAUUGGAAGUGCUGCGUACGCUCUCGUCGUAAUUGCCAACUUUUGGCCAAUCGGCAUUAUUCAGAUCCCUGCCAAUCUCUUAGUUGGAAUGGGCGCGGCCAUUCUGUGGAACGCCCAGGGUGUGUAUCUUAGCCGUUGCUCUCUCUGGGACUCACGUCACUCGUCCAAGAGUUUCGCCGACAUGACAAGCGAAUACAAUGGUCUGUUCUUCUCCAUUUUCCAGUUCACCGGCUGUGUGGGAACACUGAUCUGCGGUCUGAUCAAAGCGGUGUUCCCCAACGUGGACAACAAAGUUCUCUUUACGAUCCUCUCCAUUGCCGCCGUUAUCGCCUUCUUCUGCUUCAUGCUCGUACCCAGCGUCGCUUCGUACGAGUCCCAAUCCUCCCAAAACGACUCCCUUAACACGGUGGGUCUGAGCGCGACGCUGUCGCUGCUCUGCACGUCGUCGAAGGUCCAGCUGAUGAUGCCGCUGGCGUUGUUCAACGGAAUGAGUCUGGCGUUCAUCGUGGGCGACGUGACGAACGAUAUCUCCAACCAGUACUUCGGUCUGUCCAUCGUUCUCAUCGCCACCUCCGUUUUCUACGGCACCAACGCGUUCUUCUCCUUGCUCUUCGGAAAACUUGCCGCGGGAAGACUCGGACGACGCGGCUGCUGCGCCGUGGCGUUCAUUACGCAGGUCAUCGCGUUGGGAGCCAUCGUGUUCUAUCGAUUCCACGCCAAGGCCGGUUUCCUCGAUUAUGUCGUGCUGUUAACCGCGAUUACGCUGCUGGCCGCGGGAGAUUCGAUCUGGGAAUCGCAGGUAUGGAUGGAGAAAGAGUGCGAUGUAGCCGCCUGCGAUUUUGCAGACGUUUUUUGGAUUGGAUCGCGAUCGGAAUGCUGCGAUUGCGAAUUUGAAGAUGUGGCAGAGCUUGGGAAAUGUGGUGCAGUUCGUGAUCGGUGUGUUUUUGAAAAUGGAGAAUCGAGCUGUUAUUAAAUCGAUUAUUCUUUUGGCAGUUCUCACUGUGGGAUACAUAUGUCUGCUCAUUCUGGAUUAUCGUGUACAGCGAAUUGAUAUGAAGAAGGGAGAGAGUUCUCUACUGCUCUCUGCAAUUGUGGGUGCGGAAUAAGAGAAAUUGGUUGUGUUGGAGUGAUCGGGUUUUGAUAGUAACCGAGAACCUGUUGUUUUUAUUCUUCUUUUUGUUCGACACACAUGGCUGGAAGUAGGACUUUUCCACUGAGGUGAUGCUGUAGCCGGUAAGAUCGUCUUGAUUACAUGCAUAACUGCUGCUAUGGCUGCAUGCUCCUAUUAUGUCUACAACAUCUAUUACAAGACUACCGAUUCCGCAGAAGAGAAGAAGGAGACAGAAGGAUUGGUUGAAGAACCUCCAGUACCCGAGGUUCCCAAGGCCUAAGUUCAUCAAGUGAACUCUUGAGAGAACAUU